AAAAAUUCCAAGAGGUGCUGCCAACGGAGAGAGACCUUCCCUCGCUGGUGAUUGAGUAAAGUAAACCCAAAAUCAGAAGAGAAUAUGGAGACGGAGGAGCCCGCCGCAUGCGGCGGCGACGGUGGCGGUGGGAUCAGAUGGUGGUGGGGUGUGGCCAGCGCUGCUCAAAUGGGAUUGGGAAUGCGUUCCUUCGCCAAAGGCUACGCAGGCGAUUCUCGCUUCAUGCCUCUCAAAGCCUUCGCCGUCGCCUCCCUCUUCGUCGGCAGCGCCGCCUCCGCCUCCCUCCUCAUCCUACAAGCUAACGGCAUCCACAAGGUGGAAGAUCUCAUGGAAGCAGGAGCAAAUUUAAGAGCAAAACUUGGGUUACCUCCACGAACACAGGAUAAGUCUUCUAUGAAAUAAAAUAGCAUAUUUAUUUGGAUAGGAAUGAAUAUGGAUGAUUCAUGACAAAAGGCUCAGUCAAGUCUUAUGCUGUUUUUUGGUGGUUUGGUUCCCUAGUGGAUGCAACAAUUAUAAGCAUUCAUGAAAUGGUAGUUGGAAGGGUUGAAGGUUUAUGCGCAAUUCAACAAUCAUAUGCUUGUUAGAAACAUUCGACCGAUGGAUUUUCAGUUUUUGCCCUGAGGUUGCACAAUACCUUGCCGGUUUGGGGCAUGCAACUAUCCAUUGUGUCAUCAAUUUUCAUUGAAUAUAGUCAGUCAACACUUUUAUUUCAUGAAGUGGAAUCUAAUUUUCCCUCUUUAUAAAAGAGAAAAUGUUGUUUCUCAUCCGUUUCAACAGUGGUACCAUUAUUUCUUCCAGUUGAUUUGCACAUGAUAUAUUCUUAUCUUGAAACAGUUUCAAAGAUUAACAACAGAAAGUAGAAUCACGUCUA